AGUCUCCUUCGAACUUGAACUGAAUCUAUCUUAUUUUUUCUUCCUUCUGGGUUGGGAAAAAUGAUAUUGUCGAGAGUGCUUAGAGGGGCUGCCGGGAAGCUUGAAAAGAGGCCAGCUGAGGCACCCCAAAGUCUCAUGGACAUAGUGCUCACCUUAGCAGAAGCCAUCAGGUUCGGUUAUGCUGAGACACUGGGCACAUGGCACCUCUUCGACUUGCCCAGAGCCAUCCUUUACACUAUCAUGGACAAGGGUAAGAAAACAAUUCCAAUGGAAUGUGGGGAAAGAAGUGAUUGUGUACAACUGAAGGACCCCAAAAUACUAGACGAGUUAUAUGAGAUAAGAAAAUGCUUGACACGGACCAUGCUUUUCAGCAAAAAACGGUUUCGUGCGUUUUUACUGGCUGCUGGAAUCCCCAACGAGGAUGUUCUCCUACGGAAGAAAAGAGCUAGGAUUCUAAAGCCGGCUUUCACAGUUAUACGUGAUAAAGAAUCAAAAUGUUUGCUUGUGUUCAUCCGUGGAACUCAAAGCUUAAAAGACACACUGACAGAUGCAAUCGGUGCUCCCGUGUCCUUCAAUCAUUUCAUUUGCAGCGAUGAUGGUGAGCUGAAGAGGAACAACAAGGUUUCAGGACAUGGACACCGUGGUAUGGUUGCUGCAGCUCGUUGGAUUAAGAAGCACUGCACCACUAUACUACUUGAAGAUCUUCGUCGACACCCCGAUUUCCAAAUCAAGAUCGUUGGGCACUCGCUUGGUGGUGGUACUGCUGUGCUGUUGACAUAUAUGCUUAGAGAAAUAAAGCAGUUCUCUUCAUGCACUUGUGUCACGUUUGGCCCAGCUGCCUCCGUGUCAUUGGAGUUAGCAGAAUUCGGGAAGCCCUUUAUCACUUCCAUUAUAAAUGAUUCAGACAUAGUGCCUACAUUGUCAGCUUAUUCUAUUCAUGAUUUCAUUUUUGAGGGUCAGAUUAAGCAUAAGAAAAUCCUAAAUGCUGCUCGUAGCGCAGUUGUAUCUCGCUUACCAUUUGCUUCUACUGCGAAAGCCAUUGCUGAUCAUGCAGUAACCCGUGGCACCCAGGUUGUGAAGAAGCAUAAAGAAAGAACUCGCUUAUUGUUAUCCUUGUCCCAACAACCUGAGAAUGUUGGCGCAUUGUCAAGCUCUAAAUCAGAUAACUUGGCUGAAGCUUCUCGAUCAACCGAGACAAGUUAUGAAGUGUCUGAAGAGAUAAUAAUCUCAGAGUCUACGAGUGACGAAGACGAAUCGAUUUUCUCUAGUGAUGAUGAAUCUCAGCAUGAUGACAUAGAUGAAGAGGAACAAAUCAUAUCAGCUUUUCAGAACAUUACUGCUUCCACUGCAGCCUCUGACGAAGAAUUGUUGAAUCAACUGGAGAAGCUUGAACUGGAGAAACACGAUGAUAUCCCUAACAUUCAUGUUAAGGAAAACCAAGAGGCUACCACUUCCAUAGAUGUCACUGAAGAAGAGAAAAAAGUUGUUCUUGUUCAUACUGAAGAAAGUGCUGGUGCAGUCACAGCUUCAUACAACUUGGAAAAGCAUCCUCUUUAUCCUCCAGGCAGGAUCAUGCAUAUUGUUCCUGCACCAUCUAAUUCAUCUGAAAAUUCUAAUUCAGAUGACUAUGAUCCUGAUGAGAAGUACCUUUACUUAUAUGAAACGCCUAAACAGCUGUAUGGAAAGCUUAGAGUUUCAAGAAGGAUGAUACUUGAUCAUAUGACGAACAAGUAUCUAAAGAUGAUACAGCAAUUAAUCAAUCAACUAGAGAACCAGAGCUAGCUAGCAUUAUGGUGGAUGAUGAGCCAAAGAAUAACAAACAGAAAAAAUAUUAGGUACUAAUUGGCUCAUGGAGCACUCGGUAUUCAAAUUAAUUGGGUCUCUUGAUUCUGAUUGUCAUGCUUGUUUUGUGUGUUAGAGUCGUACGUAGUUAUUGUUAAAAGUAUGAUUUAAUGUGUAGCUUGAAAUGGAUGGCUUAAUUUUUCAGCAGUUUGUAAUUUCUUACAAGUCUUUUGAAUGCAUGUUUUAAUUUUAAGAUGAUGUUAGUUAUGCUAACGAAUAAGGGGUGUGUAUGUUUCUUGUAAGCUUUUAGCUCUAUUUAUAGAACAUUCAAUAAAGGUUUUUAUGCUCUAA